AUGUCUUCCAUGACGAGCUCUACUGUAGCAAGUUCAAUUACCAGCUCUACCAUGGCACCUCCAGCGACCAAUUCUACCAUGGAAACUUCACUGAUCAGCUCUACUACGAUGCCAACUGUAUCAAACUCUACCACAGCAACUUCCAUGAUAGGCUCCUCAAUAGCAACCUUAACAACUGGCUCUACAGGAUCAACUUCUCAGAUUAACCCUACCACAGCACCAUCUAUGACGAACUCCACAGAAACUUCCAUGUCGACUUCUUUCACGACAUCCUUAACGACAAACUCCACCGCAGGUCCUUCCACUACAACCACUUCCACGCUUGAAUCGUCACCGCCAUAUGGGCUUCCUAGCUCAACAUCAAGUACCAGCUCUGGUGAUACUACUGCAACUACUACCGAUGCCUUAAGCAGCUCGACCUGGGCAUCUUAUAAUUCCACCCAGACAUCGACCACUGAUACCGAAACUUCACGCCCGACGUCGAUAGGUCAAUUGCCAACACCUACUAACGGUACCAUGACUUCGUACCCAAGUACAUCUACCACGUCUUCUGAAUUACCCGACUCGACGAGCAGUUAUGGAACGGAGCCCACUGGAGCACCAAUUAGUGGCAACAGUACAGUAACGAUGACUUCUAGCUACAUGUCAUCGAGUAGUUUACCACCGCUCUCGACGACCACUGCUCCCAACGCCACCUAUACAGCUCCCUCCAACUACACCAGUUCGUAUACGACGUCGCCGGUUUCUUCGACUCAAUCGUCUUCCCAUCAGACUAGUGAUGAGCCUACAACCUUCGAGACAAGCACCAUUAUCCCAACAAUCGUCUUGCCGACGGCCACCAAUACCGAGUCUACUUUUGUGCCCUUCAGUAUAAUUGCCCAAACAUCCUCAUCCUACACCUCAGGCCAAGCAUCUCCCACUCAGCCCACUGGUAUUCCUAGUGCCUUGCCCAAAAUUGUACAAAAUCCUCUGAGCAGCUCUACGCCACAACAGCCCGAAGACACAACGGAAGUCCAGAUAGGAUUUCAAUGGGCGCUCAACUAUCCCUUUGUCGUUAGUCAUCCAUUAUCGACGACACAAAUCUUCACUUAUCUCCCUAUCGGAAUCGCCGAGGGUCUGGGUUUGAAGCCAGAACAGAUAGUCGUCAAGAAUCUACUACCAUUAGACACUACCGCUUCGCUCCAGUUCAUCACUACCGUGGGCCGAGUAUUCAUCCCCACCAGCAUGGUGGAUACCCUGAGGAUUGAUCUGGGUAUUCCAGUAUCACCCAUAUAUCAAAACAAGGACGAAAGCGUAAAUACACUAAUGAACUAUAUCAAUCCGGCUAUACCCUUCUUUCCCGGAUCCAUCAUGGACCCUGGCACUUCCCCCACCGAAACUGAAACUUCAUCAAGCCCUAGUCCAACAACAGGCGAAAGCGGGAUCUUCAACGCCGGAGCUCAACAAACACAAACCGCCAGCGCCAAGGGCACCACAGCUGGAAUUGCCCUGGCUGCGUGUGGUGGAGCUGCAGCGUAUGGAGCUACAAUGUUCCUACUAGCUCGCCGUUACAAGCAGCGGAAACAGCGACUACGUCGAUCGGAAUCCUUUUACGGCACAUCUGAGGCGAGGGAGAAUGCCAAUAACCGAAUUGCUGGUGAGACGGGAGCCAUGAUGUCUGGUGGAAGAAUAAGUCCUGCUCGCGAUCGUGAUAGUCGGGGCAGCGGACGAACGGGCAAUUCGGCUCGUGCAGCUCAAAUUUCUGGUCCAAUGAUGGCAGAAAAUUCUCUGGGCUGGAAUUGA